AUGGUGGGCAAUGAUUUUGGCUUUGGCAAAGGCCAGUGCUUGACUGGUGGGAAUUUGGGAAUGGUGGGAAAUUUAUAUGGCUUUGGCAUAGGCCAGUGCUUGACAGGUGGGAAUUUGGGAAUGGUGGGAAAUGUAUGCGGUUCAGGGUUAGGCAGAGGCGGUGACUCGGAGCUAGUCGAUGGUGGCAUUGCAUCCUUUGGUGGUGACAUGGAGGUUGGUGGUGGCAAUGACGUCGGUACUGGUUCCACUGGUGUUGGUUUUGGUGGAUUGGAAGGUGUCAACACAGGGAUGCUAGGAGAAGGUGUUGGUUUUGGUGGAUUUGAAGGUGUCAACAAAGGAAUGCUAGGAGAUGGUUUUGGUUUUGGUGGAUUUGAAGGUUUCAACACAGGAACGCUAGGAGAAGGUGUUGGUUUUGGUGGAUUGGAAGGUGUCAACACAGGAACGCUAGGAGAAGGUGUUGGUUUUGGUGGAUUGGAAGGUGUCAACACAGGAACGCUAGGAGAAGGUGUUGGUUUUGGUGGAUUGGAAGGUGUGGGCUGUGUUUUAGCUGGGGAUGGCGAUGUUGGUGCUGAUGUAGGUGGUGUGGGAGUUAGUUUAGGUGGCAAAGGAGGCCAUUUAGGUUUCGGCAACGGAGACAAAUCCUUAGCAUGGUGA